GGUUGGGGUUGUGUUUACAGCUCGGCUGGAUGCUGUUGCUGCUGAUAAUAGACAGUGCAAUGUUGUGCCAAUCGCCUUUGGAAUAAAUACAACCGUGGGGGAAAAAGGUGAUUUUGCUCAUCAUCCCCUACCACUUCCUCCUCCUGUCUUCCAUUCAUGAGCAGCGUGGCUGAAUUUAGCAGCAGCAGCCAUGGAUGACAAGGGCUCGGUGGGGAAGAUUAGCGUGUCUUCGGACUCUGUGUCCACUCUCAACAGUGAGGACUUUGUCCUUGUGUCCCGGCUGGGGGACGAGACACCCUCCUCCACUAAUAAUGGUAGUGAUGACGAAAAGACAGGAUUGAAGGUGAUUUCUGAGGAAGGGGUCAGCUUUAAGAUUGUGGGAAACGGAAGUGAGCAGCAGCUACAGAGAGAGUUGGAGGAUGUACUGAUGGACCCGUCAGUAGCUGACACUGGACUUGGGCCAGAAACAGGAAUGGACCCACAUGGUGUGGGGGCCCAUGGCCUUCCCACAACAGCGUCACCUGUCCCACCAGGCACAGACCCUCUAAGCACACCUCCGCCCAAGGUGGAGAUGGUGCUUCCAGUUCAGACGGCUCAGGAGAGUGAGCUGAAUGAGCGGUCUUACCGAGCGGAUGAGUCAUCAUCAGAAGGCAGUCCUGGGACUCCCAUCCCAGAUGAGGACAGUGUCGUGUUCAGCCAGCUGACAUAUCUGGGCUGUGCUUCGGUCAACGCCCCCCGCAGUGAGGUGGAGGCCCUCCGCAUGAUGAGUAUCCUCAGAGGGCAGUGCCAGCUCCCCCUGGACGUCACACUGUCUGUGCCAGGCGUGUCUGAGGGCACCGUCAGGUUGCUGGACCCCCACAACAGUACAGAGAUCGCCAACUACCCCAUCUAUAAGAUAUUAUUCUGUGUGCGUGGCCAUGAUGGCACACCAGAGAGCGACUGCUUCGCCUUCACUGAGAGCCACUACAACGCUGAGAUCUUCAGGAUCCACGUUUUCCGCUGCCAAAUCCAAGAGGCGGUGAGUAGGAUACUAUACAGCUUUGCCACAGCAUUUCGGCGGUCAGCGAAGAAGGCUAUGCUGUUAUCUCAGCAGGCAGCCCCCCUCACCCCUGACAGCGACUUGUUCACCUUCACCGUCAGCUUGGAGAUCAAGGAGGACGAUGGCAAGGGUACCUUCAGUGCUGUGGCAAAAGACAAAGACAAGCAGAGCUUCAAGCUGCGUGCAGGAAUGGACAAGAAAAUUGUUAUUUACGUCCAGCAGACCUCCAAUAAGGAACUGGCCAUUGAGAGGUGCUUCGGUCUCUUGCUGAGCCCAGGGAAAAAUGUGAAGAACAGUGACAUGCACCUGCUAGACCUGGAGUCAAUGGGGAAGAGCUCCGACGGGAAGUCUUACAUUAUCACAGGAAGUUGGAACCCGAACACGCCUCAGUUCCAGGCUGUUAAUGAGGAGACGCCAAAAGAUAAAUUCAUGUACAUGACGACGGCAGUAGACCUAGUGAUUACGGAGGUUGAGGAGCCAGUCCGGUUUCUGCUCGAGACGAGGGUCAGAGUGUGUUCGCCAAACGACAGGCUGUUCUGGCCCUUCAGCAAGCGCAGCUACACCGAGACCUUCUAUCUGAAACUGCGACAGAUGGAGCGUAAGGAGCGCAAGAGUCCUGCCUCAGACACGCUGUAUGAAGUGGUGAGUUUGGAGAGUGAGACAGAGAGAGAGAAGAGGAAGACCACAGCCAGCCCUGGCAUCCUGCCCACUGGGACCGGCACCAUGGUUCCCUCACCACCUGAGGAUGACGAGGAGGAAGAUAAUGAUGAGCCGUUGCUCAGUGGGUCAGGUGAUGUUUCCAAGGAGUGUGCAGAGAAGAUCCUGGAGACCUGGGGAGACUUGUUAUCCAAGUGGCAUUUGAACUUAUCAGUGCGUCCCAGGCAGCUGCCAGCGCUGGUGCGGAGCGGUGUCCCCGAGGCUCUCCGUGGGGAGGUGUGGCAGCUCCUGGCUGGUUGCCAUAACAACGACCACCAGGUGGAGGAGUACCGCACCCUCAUUACCAAGGAGUCCCCCCAGGACAGUGCCAUUACCAGGGACAUUAACAGGACAUUCCCAGCUCAUGACUACUUCAAAGACACUGGUGGAGAUGGACAGGACUCGCUCUACAAGAUCUGCAAGGCGUACUCUGUGUAUGAUGAGGAAAUCGGCUACUGCCAGGGGCAAUCCUUCUUGGCUGCUGUGCUGCUGCUGCACAUGCCAGAGGAGCAGGCCUUCAGCGUGCUGGUCAAGAUCAUGUUUGAUUACGGGCUCAGGGACCUCUUCAAGCAGAACUUUGAAGAUCUGCACUGCAAGUUCUUCCAACUUGAGAGACUCAUGCAGGAAUAUAUCCCAGACCUGUACACCCAUUUCCUCAACGUGGGUCUGGAGGCUCACAUGUACGCCUCCCAGUGGUUCCUUACCCUCUUCACCGCCAAGUUCCCUCUUUACAUGGUCUUCCACAUCAUUGACCUGCUACUAUGUGAGGGCAUCAGUGUGAUCUUCAAUGUAGCCCUGGCACUUCUGAAGACGUCAAAAGACGACCUGAUCCAAACAGAUUUCGAAGGAGCUCUCAAAUUCUUCCGGGUACCGGUUCCUAAGAGGUACCGCUCUGAGGAAAACGCCAAGAAACUGAUGGAGCUGGCCUGUAGCAUGAAGAUUAGCCAGAAGAAGCUGAAGAAGUUUGAGAAGGAGUACCACACCAUGAGGGAGCAGCAGGAGCAGCAGGAGGCCCCCAUCGAGAGAUAUGAGAGAGAGAACCGUCGUUUGCAAGAGGCCAACAUGCGUCUGGAGCAGGAAAAUGACGACUUGGCCCAUGAACUAGUCAGCAGUAAGAUCGCUCUACGCAAGGAUCUUGACAAUGCUGAGGAGAAGGCGGACGCCCUGAAUAAGGAGUUGCUGAUGACCAAACAGAAGCUGGUGGACUCAGAGGACGAGAAGAGACGACUGGAGGAAGAGUCCGCUCAGCUGAAGGAGAUGUGCCGACGGGAGUUAGAUAAAUCUGAAUCGGAGAUUAAGAAGAACGGCUCCAUUAUUGGCGAAUAUAAACAGAUCUGCUCCCAGCUGAGUGAACGACUGGAGAAACAACAGACGGCCACGCGAGGAGAGCUGGAGAAAAUCCGGUCAAAAGUGGAAGGCUGUGAGAAGUGCAGUGGCCUUUUCAACAAGGAGGGACGCGUGCGGGCCGCUGUGGGCACAGCGCCACCUGGUGGCCCCGAGGAGACCGAUGAGGAGAAAGAAGGGCUGAAGAACCAGCUGAGAGAGAUGGAGCUGGAACUGGCCCAAACCAAACUGCAGCUGGUGGAGGCGGAGUGCAAAAUUCAGGACCUGGAGCACCAUCUGGGUCUGGCCCUCAAUGAGGUGCAAGCCGCCAAGAAGACCUGGUUCAACCGAACGUUCAGCUCCAUCAAGACCGUCACCGGGACCCAGGGCAAGGAGACGACCUAACCUGACACCCUGAACGCCCCGUCGCCCAGAUUUACCCAGACCGUGACUGGUGCUCAGUGCAACUUACCACGCUGAAACCUCUGGAGCCCUAACUUCACCCGCUGGGUUGUAACUGUAACUUGAACCUUGACCGUUAAAUCCCAGGAUGACCAUAACUACAGACUUGUGUUACUACUCCUCCUUACGAAAACAAACCCGUUCUCCACCCCUGUCCUAAUCUAAGCACCGUCACCCCAUUCCCCCCUCCCCACCCAGACGACUAGAGUCAACCUUGCUGAUGAGAAGGGGCUAAAAAAAAAAAAAAAAAAAAAAAAAAGUAAGAUGAAGUACCAGGGUACCAGAUCCCGCAGAGAAACAAUGUGCUUCCACCGAUCAAAGAAAGAAAAGGGUAAAAAAAAAAAAAAAAAAGAGAGAGAGAGAGAGAGAGGGAGAGAUAGAGAAAGAAAUGCUUUGUUGAUUUUUGUCUUUGUACUACUGAUAUUAAAGCAGCAGGAGGGGAGGAAAGCAGAACUCUAACUGUCCUGAUGGGAUAAAGAAGAAAACACUCCAUCCUCCCCUCCUGCUCUUCCUCCUCCCCUCUUAACUACUGGCACAAAUCAACCAGAGUCCCUGUAAAACUUUGUCUAGGUACGAGAGCUAAUAGACGCCUUUUCAGAACUGAGCUUUUUCUAAUUUACGUUGAACAAAACCUUUUGUUUUUUUUUUAUGUAUGUACAUGAAUGUGCUUAUGUAAAAGAGGACACGUGAGCGAGUGAGCAUGUUUUUGUGUCGACUGUGAGGCGUGUGUGUGCGUGUGUGUGUGUGUGUGUGUGUGUGCUGGACGGACUGAAAGCACUUGGUCGAGCGCAUUUUUAGUGAGAUAAACUGUGUUGUGUGUGUAUGUGUGUAUCUGAGAGACAGAGGGAGCGAGAGCAGCAGUCCAAGGGAAAGAAAAAGCACUAAGUUAGGUUAUGAGUGUGUGCAUGCUUGUAAGGGAAAAAAAAAAAAAAAGUUUUUCCAAGUCGUCUCGUUUCCUUUAAAGUUUAAAUGUGUUUAUGAAUGAUGCUGAGAAAGGUAAGUUUGCUGACAACGCCUUGAUUUGAAGGUUGAUGGUAGUGGAUAUGAAUAUGUAAUUUACAGUACAAUAGAUGCAUAAAAAAGCCGUGGUGAUUGCCGAGGGCGUCGCUCACCUUUCUUCGAGUCCGAUCUCCAAAGUGCAUGAAGUUUGUUUGAUUUGGGUCUCCCAGCACAACGAACCUGAAAGAAAAGCUCCAAAACACGCAAACUUCUGCAUGCAAAGAAAAUCCAACACGCUUUACGUAUUUUAGACACAAAUCAUACCUGUUAGUCUGGUUUAAGUUGUAGAGUGCCUGCAGAGGACAAUGCAUGGUCCAAACCAAGUGGAAGACAAACACACAGUGAACACACACACACACACACACACACACACACACACGCACUGAAAGCUGCAGUUCCCUCUGCACUUGAAUGCACCUUUAAAGACCCACUGACCACCUCAUACCCGUGCCUCCCCAUCACCAGCUGCUCUGUGACCUUUGACCUUUGACCUUGACCGGCAGGGUCGUGUUUGUUACUUUGUUCCGCACGGUGACAGGCGGCGGUGUGUUUGUGCGCUGGCUGGGAUGUGUCAGUUUUUACGACGCGGCCAGACCUCUGCUCCGCUCUGCACCAGUGUACACAGACAGUCAGACUGUGAGUUACAGCGCAGACACACACACACACACACACACACACACACACAUACACACACAGAGGUGAUUGUGUGUAGAGGCAGACACAGCACAUUAAAACACUCACAUAAACAGAGGCAGAUGCCACACACACACAGGCACAGCAGUAUAUAUACAGUAAUGGCAGGCACACAGCCGGACAAAACAGCUGUAGAAGCAGACAAGUUACACACACACACACACACUCACACACUCAUGCGCAUUUGUGAGCUGCAGGAACUGUAACUUUGCACCUGAAAUGGGAGUAAAUAUCCUGCCGUCAGACACCAGGAUCUCUCAGCGAUGUCAGAGUCAUCAGAUGUCAAAGGAGGGGGUCAAAGAGGCAGGCGCUCUAAAUCAGUCCAGGGAGGAGGGUGAGGGUUAGCAAGUGUGUGUGUGUGUGUGUGUGUGUGUGAGUGUGUAAGUAUUUCGUCAGUGGGUAGGGCAGUCAAAAGGAGGCAAUGCAGUUCUACAAUAUUCAUGUUAUUCAAACAAUUCUGUCCAUGUUAGGCUGAAAAAGAAGAAAAAAAAAAAAGCCUUUCCCUGCCAGCCGGAUAUAGACACUGUAAGUUGCAUCUAGCUUGACAGUGGGAUUGGAUUGGCUGGAUUUUCUUAGCGAUGUCAGAGGAAAGGCCAACUAAGGUUGAAAGGAACAAAGGGCCGUUCCUGUAAAGGCACUGGGUUGUACAUAACAAACAUAAAUAAAUGAAUAUUGAGUUUUUGUUCAUGAUUUUCUACUCUGUAACUAUAACUAAUGUUGCCUACUUGUACCUACCUACCUACCUGCUGCCGUGCUACAGUUUAAUCCACGACGAUGUUUUAUGUUUUUACUGUUUUUUGCUCCAGGCUUUUCGGUCAGACUGCUGUUUGGUUGGUUACUUACAUGCCAAAACGUAGCUUUAUCAUCCAACAACAAAAACAACAACAUUAUCAACGUGUGGAACUUGUAAUAGUGUAGGAUGCAUUGUGUAUACUUCAUGAAUUUCAAUAUAAAGAUAUGAACA